GCAGCAAGCUCCUCGCCGCCAUGGCCAGGCUCCUCAUCACCUGCUGCCUGCUGGCCCUGCUCCUCAUCUCCUGGACCGACGUCGCCUUCUCCAAGAAGGGCAAAGGCAAACCCAGCGGAGGGGGCUGGGGGAGCCAUCGCCAGCCCAGCUACCCUCGCCAGCCCAGCUACCCCCAGAACCCAGGCUACCCCCACAACCCGGGGUACCCCCAUAACCCCAGCUACCCCCGCAACCCAAGCUACCCUCACAACCCCGGCUACCCCCAGAACCCGGGCUGGGGGCAGGGUUACAACCCCUCCAGCGGAGGCAGCUACUACAACCAGAAGCCCUGGAAGCCUCCCAAGUCCAAGACCAACCUGAAGCACGUGGCGGGGGCGGCGGCGGCGGGGGCGGUGGUGGGGGGCCUGGGGGGCUACGCCAUGGGCCGGGUGAUGUCGGGGAUGCACUACCGCUUCGACAGCCCCGACGAGUACCAGUGGUGGAACGCCAACGCCGGGCGCUACCCCAACCGGGUCUACUACCAGGAGUACAGCAGCCCCCCGCCCCAGGACGUCUUCGUCGCCGACUGCUUCAACAUCACGGUGACGGAGCACAACAUUGGCCCCGCCGCCCGCAGGAACGCCUCCGAGGGCGGGCCGGCCGCCAACCAGACGGACCUGGAGAUGGAGACCAAGGUGGUGACCAAGGUGAUCCGGGAGAUGUGCAUCCAGCAGUACCGCGAGUACCGCCUGGCUUCCGGCAUCCGGCCGCACCCCGCCGACGCCUCCCUGGCUGCCUUCCUGCUCUUCGUCCUCUUCGUGCUGCACUGA